UCAUUCUAAUUCUUCAACCUAGCGUUUUAUUGUGAUUGACUAAAGUUGAAUGAAAAACAAAAUUGAUAUUCAACAAUAAAAAGGAUAAACAAACAAUCAAUCAUUUCUACUUCAUUCCGUACAUUUCCAACAACGACGGAAGCCGCGAUUAGUGUGGAGCAUCGUUUCAUUCAAACACGUUUCUUCUCCUGUGUUUCCAUUACGGGGCGAAAAAGUCUUUUUUUUCCUCUUUACAACUCUCUCUUAAUUUCCCGUAGGGGGUCGCAUACAAUCACACUCGUCUGGGGCGACUGACACAAAGGGGAGAUUGAUCUUGCUUCAAUUGUUCAGACUGUGCCCUGAUCUAAGGACAAAAAUUUUGACAGCACUGCAAAAAUAGUAACGCAAUAAUUCAUUAUACUGUCGACUUCCUGUUUCAGCAACCACCACCAUCUUCUUGACUUUCGUUCAUUACGAUGGCUUCCGUUGCCUUGCACCCUUUGGCAUCGAGAUCAGGUGCCCAAACAUCAACAAUUGUUUCAGUAGACGUGCAGCCUGACAAGACACCAACAUUAUCCAGUAGUGCACCUCAAAUUCAUGACUCUGAACAUGAUAGCUUGUUCGGAUCAUGCACCACGGAUAGAGCCUCUUCACCACAUCCGUUCACAACCGAUGAUGAUGACAAUAGAUUGCAAAACAAUAAUGGGAUAGAAUGGGGAUUACAUCAUUCAGAUAUCGAGAAGUAUCCUAUUCUGGAUGGACAGUAUGAUGAUGAACAAGAUCAAUCUACUAGCAAUCCUCCUCCCAUUCGCGCAAUGAGUGCUGGUCAAUUUGAAGAAUUACAACGACAAUACGUUGAAUUGGACGUUCCUCAUUCUGUCGUCUUUCCUUUUUUGCAUGGAGUCGAUGGAGAUAAUCAAGCUCAAUGCGCAUUCUUUCGUGCUCCUAUGACUGGUCAACCUACUCCUCUUUAUCGCGGCUUGACAAUCGUUCGAGCAGAUAUGCCUCAACAACGAAAGCGAACAUCAUCAUCCGCUUCAAAGCUCUCUAUGAUGUCUUCUCAACAGAAUCAUCGUUCGCGUGCAGGAUCAUUGAUCAGCUCAAACUUCAGCGCAGAUAGCACCAGCAGCGAUGAAGAUGACGAUUUCGAUUUGGAAGAUGAUUUGGCAUUGAUCGAUCAUCAAUCAUCCAUUCCUGCAUCUAAUUCGACUUCGUCUGGCUCAUCAGCCGCUUCUGAAUCGCAUGCAUCUUCACUGUUCUCAUUUGCAGGAAGUGAAGUGACGAUGAAUACGCAAGUGGACUCGGAUUCUUACAAGGCCACAGAAGCAGCUGCCAAUCAUGCGCGCGAACAUCGCCAGCGAAAGCGUUCUUUACGCAAUUCCGGUGCAUCAAACGUAUGCAGCCGAUCUCCACCGAUCGUUGAAGCACAGCCUGGACAUAGCUUUUUGGCUUCUUCAGUUUAUCCAAAUGACAUUAUCAAUCCUCCUUUGGUUGCUAAUUUGGUUAGCAAUAGCUUGGACGUUGCACGUCAAUGCCAAGUGAUCCAGGAUGAAAGAUGUAUCGUAAAGGGAGCAACCUUCAUGCGUCCUCGCCAAGCCGAUGGAAUCUCUUUGCGAAACUUCAAAACACAAUGCGCAAAGUAUGCCACGAUUUCGGAUAUCGUCGUCUAUUGCCCGGCAGGAUUACAUGAAGGUGCUCUGAACUUUGCCAAUUGGAUUCGUCAAGCACAAGAGACUUGCUAUCAAGAUCGCAUCGAACGUGGCCUCGGUAGCCUUCGCUAUAAUGUUUUUGUCAUCACUGAUUCAUUCGAUGUAUUCGAGCGUCAAUAUCCUCAUCUCGUUUCUGUUGACGGAAGCGGCUUUUCGCGUCAACGAGUUGACUUUGUCGAUCGGGAAAGGGAAGAAAUGCAACGAUUCACAGAAGCAUCCGAGAUUGAUGAAAACGUAUUUAUGGGUUGCACUGCCAAUGUGCCUUUCGCCGUGGACGAAUACGAAGGCUCAUCUCUCUCGUUGGAUUCCUACUUGCCACAUGAAGUCAAUCCACAUGCAUUCUCCGUCUGCAUUGAAACUGCUGAGCAUGGUGAAUUGCCAAGCCAAAGUCGAUUGGCACAUGCGUCUUACUACCUUGAUGCAUUCGAAGCGUCUACAUUGCACGACUUGAGUGAGUUCAAUGGAGACAGCGAUGAUGGUGAAGACGCAGAACGACCUUCACUUGGGCCCACAGGUUGGAACCCAGCUCAAGCACGUUCAGAAUCCCGCAAGCGCGACUCACAGCAGCAACGACAACAGCAAGUCUUGUGUCCAGCACCAUCAAACAUUGUUCACCUGCGCGGAUUGGGAUCUGGAUCAGCAUUUGAAGAUGAAGACGCAGAACAAGAUGCGAUUGAUGACGUAGUCAACAUGAUCAGUUGGAUCUACAAGCAAGCCAUGCCACCAACAAAGAGUCCAUCACCAUCUUCUUCUUUCUGGCGACCACGUCAAGGCACAUAUGCCAAUGGUGAAAGACAUCAACAACAGAUGCCAAGAAGAAUUCUCUUGCAUUGCAGCGAUGGGUAUACAGAUUCAUCUAUCUUGGGUCUGGCAUAUCUGAUGUAUGCUCGCAAUUUGACAUUGGCAGAGGCAUAUUUGGAUCUACAAACUCGAUGCAAUCGCUGCUUCUUCGUGUAUGCGCGUGAUGUGCCAUUCUUGCAAAAAUUGGAAAAACGAUUUGCUGCAAUGGAGCAUCACGCCAAAGCUGCAGCUGCAGAAAAACAACGCAAUUCAUGGGGUUACUCUGAAGAACGUCAAUCAUCUCGUAAAGCAAGCAAUGGUGUGAUCGCUCAUCGACGUGAUCAAUCCGAAACGGCUGCAAGCGUGUUGGAACAAAGCGUUUGGGCACGUGGUUUGGCUGCUGCAACAGGUUUGAUGACUGGUGGAAAUGCUUUGGCCGGUCAAGGUUCUCAUGGCAAACGCAGUACAGAGAUGACAAGAACCACAACGCCAACUCCACGUCGUAGUACACCUACGCCUCAAUCACCACACCGUGAAAUCCGUAAAGAUCAUUCCUGGUUCACAAAUCCACACUUUCAAGGUUCAUUCCCUUCGCGUAUUUUGCCAUUCUUAUAUCUUGGCAAUCUGUCCCAUGCGAUGAAUCCGGGUAUGUUGCAUGCAUUGGGCAUCACACAUGUAGUUUCUGUCGGAGAAAGUGCGCUCAUCCCGCCUUCAUUGGAGGAGAAUUUGGAAAAUGCAGCAAAGGCGCACAAACGUAAUUCUUCAUCUACAUCUUCUAUCAGCAACCGUAUGGCGUCCAACACACUUCGAACAUCAAAACGCCGCAGUGGUGGUACUGGCCAGGAGCACAAGACUUUAUGGGAAGAAGAACGCAUGGGUCGCAUCAAGGUGUUGGAUCUGAAAGGUGUUUCGGAUGAUGGUAUCGAUUCUUUACGUCCACAUUUAAAUCGUGCUGUUGAAUUCAUUGAGCAAGCUCGAUUGGAAGGCGGAAAGGUGUUGGUCCAUUGUCGUGUUGGCGUAAGCAGAAGCGCAACUGUUUGCAUUGCUUAUGCGAUGGCCCAUUGCGAUCUGAGCAUGAUUGAAAGUUUCUUGCUUGUUCGUAGCAGAAGAAUGAACGUCUUGACUCAACCAACCUUACUAUUCGUUUGGGAAUUACGUGGAUUUGAAGCACAUCUAACAAAACUCAAGCGUCAAAGAGCAAAUUCGCCAAAUCGCGCAAUCGCCCACCACCUUCCUGCCAGCCAUGAUGAUGAUGAAAUGAUGAACGAUGCGGAUGAUGCAUUCUCUUUGGCAGCUCUUUCGCUUUCUUCUGGGGAUAUGAGCCAUGAUCAAGAUUUCAGUCGUAAAUUCAGCUUCCGUUCUGCAUCUGAACCAGUACAACUUGAACAACAUCCUUCGCUUUUAAACCUAACUUCUCGUCAAAGCAUCUUCUUUGAUGAAGAUUUAAAGGUGGAUAUCGGUGCGGGUGCAGGAUCCGUUUAUGGUUUCCAAGUUCGUAACGUUGCUGAAAAGCCAUUCAAUUCUGGAUCGCUUACUCGAUUGGACCAUCGUUCAGCCAAAUUGACCCAUGGCUGUUUCUGCAAAUUGUUGAGCGAACUUAAUCAACGUUACAUGGUCAAUUAGUGGGACAGCGAUCCCCUAAUUCACAACCUCCUUUUCUUUUUCUUUUGGUUUUUUCCUUCUGGUCACACAAUCUGUAUAUUUUUUAUUCGUGUCACUCAUCAAAGCACAAACAUACUCACACACACAAGCAGCAACGGUACACAUAAUGUUUUAUAUUCAGACUCUAAUGAUUUCUCUUUUCCAGAUCUUUCUCGAUUUUAUCUUUUGUAUAUUCUCAUAGCAUCAUCAUCAUUACCUUUCUCUGAUUUUCCCCUUGUUGUCUACCCUUCACUUUUUCAGCAUUUCAAUAGUCACCUUAUUCAGCAUAUUUUUCACGAAAUUUCAUCAAUUCUGUUCAUGAUCAUCAAUUGGGGUGAAUGUUAUAAGCUUUAGAAGGAU